UUGUGUGAAGCAGACUAAAGAAAGUCCGGUCUUACGAAAAACAUAUCAGAGAUAGAGUAAGCACCAACACAAGAGCAACACGCCUGCACAGUCGGAUACAGAGAAGCUUCCGGAAGUUCUGAACCUGCACGUGGCAGGUGGUGGUGGCAGAGAGAGGAAUAGCUGGGAAGAAGUGUGCUGCUCCGUUUUUAUUCCGCUGUGGCUCUGAAAGGAGAGGACGCUGCGACAGAACCUGACAGAUGUGAAGACCAAACCUGUGGACUGGAUACUAUUUUGUCACUGGCUGAAAGCCAAAGAACUUGCCAACAGGUGGUUCUGCUGCAGAGGUGUUUUGCUUUCUCGCCAUGUGCUGAUCUGGGUUAAUAUUUACCUCUUCACCUGAAUACCGUGUGUCCUGAAAGGCCAUCAGCCAAUCAAUGGAGCCCUUGGAGUUCAGUGAAGGUGCUUUUUGGGGACACAGUGCGCUUGGCUGCUUAUAGCCCCCCACCCUCACCUUCCCCUUUGCUUGGGUAUUUUGCUUUUUUAAUUCCGGGAUAGUGUCUGUUUUUAUGAAGGGAUGGAUUUACCAUCAGAAACAGCCAAGCAUGGGAAGAAGUCAACAAGUCAAAUGCUGGAGGACCAGAAGAAGAUCUACACUGAUUGGGCCAAUCACUUCCUGGCCAAAUCCGGCUGCCCGCGGCUUAUCAAGGACCUGACACAGGACAUCGCCGAUGGCGUCCUACUGGCGGAGAUCAUCCAGAUCAUAGCGAAUGAAAAGGUGGAAGACAUCAAUGGCUGUCCCAGGAGCCAAUCGCAAAUGAUCGAGAAUGUGGACGUCUGUCUCAGCUUUCUGGAAGCCCGGGGAGUCAAAACGCAGGGCCUCUCCGCCGAAGAGAUCUGGAAUGGCAAUCUGAAGACCAUCCUGGGGCUUUUCUUCAGCCUGUCCCGCUACAAGCAGCAGCAGCAGCAACAGCAGCAGUACUAUCAGUCCCUCGUGGAACUCCAGCAGCAGGUCGCACAUCAGGCCACUGGGGCGGCGCCACCGAGUUACCACAAGUCACAGGAAAUGCAGUCGAGCGUCACCGCCAGAUAUGCAGCUCCCCCGAGCCACAGCGGAAUGGCCCCCCCUCAGAAGAAAGCCACACGGCUACCGGGGCCUCCCAGGGUGCCCGCCGCUGGCGGCGGGACCGGCAAGGCCCACGGGGCGACCAACCUGAACCGCCGCAGUCAGAGCUUCACCAGCAUAGACAAGAAGAAGCCUUUGCAGUACGCCAGCGGAAACGACAGAGAAUCGGUGUCAUCAAUCCCGCUGCCCGGCAUGAAUGGGAGCCCCCCACUGCCUGCCUGCACCAACGAGCAGCAGCUGGUCUCUGCCAUCCCCUCCCCCAGCACCAGCAAGCCCUGGCGCAGCAAGUCCAUGAACAUGAAGCACAGUGCCACCUCCUCCAUGCUGGCAGUCAAGACGCCAAGCCCAGCCACCUCCCCAACGCCGCCACCGGCCCCCAGCCCCACCCCCAUGCUCGGCCUCGCCUCUGACCGUCUCAGGCCCCCACUGGCCGAGAUGGGAAAGGCGGCUGCCGGGGUCCAAAGAUCUAUGCUUGAGAGGUUCAAGCUCGUCAACACGCGGCCAUCGCCACGACCUACAGCAUUCCCCAGCCCUGGUUCGAUGGCCGAGAUGACCCUGCAGGAGGAGGAGAUCAUCCUGGAAUAUGGAGAGGAGGGCCUGAUGGGACCGGGCUCUGCCUGCAGCAGCCCCAGGCAGCCCCUCAAGUCUGGCCUGGUGAAAAACCCCAGUAAGACCUCCGGCAGCAAGGCUCUGGUCCAGCCUAAAGACAAGGAGGACAAGAGCAGACCCAAGAGCAGAGCCAGCACCCCUAGCCGGGAGGAGAAGGAACAGCCUGCUGAUACCCCCAAGAAGACCUCGAAGAUCGCCAGCCUCAUCCCCAAGGGGGGGAAGUCCUCGGCUGUCAAGAAGGAGGGCAUCCCUCCAGUAUCCAGCGGGAUCCCCAAGCCGGGCACCAAGGUGUCCCAAAGCGGCGCCAAGCCAGCAGCCUGUCCUGCCAGUCUGCCCGUCGUCAGCCGUGAAGGCGAGACAGGCAAACCAGCCAAGGGAGGCCAGACCUACCAUGCGCCACGGCCGCUGGGAGGACUGCCAGGGCCGGGGGGGCGCCGCACCAGCAUGGUGUCCUCGUCAUCAGCCUUAGGCCUGAAUGGGGGGCCCGUGCCCGGAAACGGGGCAGUUCAGCUGCCACAGCAGCAGCAGCACAACCAUCCCAACACGGCCACCGUCGCCCCUUUCAUAUACAGGACCUGCUCUGAGAAUGACUGUGCCAGCGUGGCCCCCACUGACCCCUGCCUCAGCCCCUCCAAGGAGGACCUGGUAUACAGCAAGACGGCCAAACAGUGCCUGGAGGAGAUCUCUGGGGAAGACCCUGAGGCGAGGCGGAUGCGGACGGUGAAGAACAUCGCCGACUUGCGGCAGAACCUGGAGGAGACCAUGUCCAGCCUACGUGGGACGCAGAUCAGCCACAGCACCCUGGAGACCACCUUCGAUGCCACAGUGACCACGGAAGUCAAUGGGCGUGGCCUCCCCGCCCUGACCAGCCGAUCGUCCCCCAUGUCCUGGCGCCUGAACCAAUCCCCGAGCCCCCGCCUGCAGGCCGGCGACGCCCCCUCUCUGCCAACCGGCUACCCGCCUCCCCGCUCAGCCGGCACCAGCCGCUACGGUCCCACGGACCCCGGGCGAUUCAUGUACGCUGGGCCCCUGCGGCGGGGGCCCACGGGGACGCGGGCCCCGGAGAUGGCAGAGAAGGCGGGGGUGGAGGGGGUGGCCGAGGGCGCUGCGGAGACUGACGUGGGGGGGUACAUGAGCGACGGGGACAUCCUGGCGAAGAAUGGCAGGCCGGAGGAUGUCGGCAGCGGGUAUCUGACGGACGGGGGCCUGAACCUCUACUCCCGGGGUGUGAGCCGCACGCCAGAUCCCGGCAGCGUCCGUGACGCCGUGCAGAAGGGGCUCGCUGGCACGCAGGUGGACCCGGACAGUUGGGACGACAGUAGCUCAGUCAGCAGCGGACUCAGCGACACGCUGGACAACAUCAGCACGGAUGAUCCAAAUACUUCUUCCUACGCUGACAUCACCGCCUCGCCCCGCAAGAGCAAGGAGCCCCAGGUGGGCAAACCCAAGCACAUGGCUGCAGAGGUCAACUGCAGUGGAGGUGGAGGGGGAGGUGGCUGGCCUGUGGGGGAGGAGCUGAAGGCAGCGGAGGAGGAGCUAUCGGCAGCCAUAGACCCCGCCUCCAAGUGGAAGCAUGAGGAUGUGGAGCGUGCAGGGCAAAAGAUGGGACUACCCUUGUCCCAGACGGGCUCCUGGAGGAGGGGCAUGACUGCGCAGGUGGGCAUCACGCCCCCCAGGACUAAAGGCACCACCGGGACCUUCAAAAGCAUCGGUAAGACUGAUGAUGCAAAAGCCUCAGAGAAGGGCAAGGCUGCACCCAAGAACGCCAGCAUCCAGCGCUCGCCCUCUGAUGCGGGGAAGAGCAGUGGUGAUGAGGGGAAGAAGCCCCCGACGAGUCUUGCCCGCCCCCCUGCUGGUGGCUCCUUCGGGUUCAAGAAGGCCGGAACCCCUGGGACACUGGUCACUGCCGGUGGGCCCAUGCUCGCCGGGAGCUCGGCCACUCUGGGCAAGAUGCCCAAGUCUUCAGCCCUCGGGAAGGGCAACGGGACGGGUGGUGGUGUCCGCAAGACAAGCCUGGACGAGUCGCAGCCACUGGACGACAGUGAGCUCCUGGGUGUCGGCGCGACCAGGGGGCCGUCCCAGUUCUGCUCUCUUCCCCGUCCAGCCAAGUCGUCCACCAGCACUGUUGUGGGUCGCCCUGGGCCGGGUGGCAAGUCAUCUGGCACAGGCAAGCGGCGGGAGGGAGGGAAGGUGGGAUCUGGCCGCUCCAGUCCCGUCACCAUCAACCAGACAGACAAGGAGAAAGUGGCUGUGUCUGAUCCUGAGACCCCGUGCCUGUCGCCCAAGUCCAGCCCCACCUCCACAGGCCAAUCCGGCCUCCGCCAGCCAGGCUCCAAAUACCCCGACAUUGCUUCCCCCACCUUCCGCAGGUUGUUUGCCGCCAAGGCCAGCAGCAAAGCCAGCUCUCCAGGAACCCCUGACUCGGGCAAGUGCCCAUCCCUGUUGGGCAGCCCCCAUGGCACGCUGGCACGGCAAAUUAGCUUGGACUCGCCAUCCUCGGGGACGGGCAGCAUGGGCAGCGCCGGCGGGCAGAGCGGCGGCAGCAGCCCCCUGUACGGCAGGGCCCCCGAGCUGGUGGGCUCCGGCGACGUCCUGGGCCUGAGCCAAUCAUUGGCCUCCAGCCCCGCCUCCGGCCUCUCAUUGGUGCACGGCGGCCGGCCCUGGGCCGCCCUCAGCAGUUCCUCUGCCGGCAGCAAGGACACGCUCAGCUACCAGAGCAUGACAAGCCUGCCCACCAGCUCCGAGUCCAUCGACCUGGUCGGCCACCACGCUUCGGGGCCCAAGGUGAUGCGGGCCGGGAGCAUCAAGUCCACACUGUCUGAAGGCAUGCCUCUGGACCGGAACACGCUGCCCAAGAAGGGCCUGAGGCACCCGCCCUCAUCCCGGCAGGCCUGCAACGAGGAGGGCAAGGAGUGGCUGCGGUCCCACUCCACGGGGGGCCUCCAGGACACGGGGAGCCAGUCUCCUCUGUCGCCACCGGGGGCGUCCUCCACCGUGAGCAAGUUCACCUACUCCAACCUCUUGAGUCCCACCAACCUGACCAAGUUCACCCUCCCUGGACCCAGCAUGAGCCGCUCCAACAGCAUCCCUGCCCAGGACUCCGCCUUCGACCUGUGCAGGGAGGCCCACACGCUGGGGGGCAGUGCCACCUCCCUGGAGGAGCGUCCACGGGCCAUGAGCCGCUCAGGCUCCUUCCGGGACAGCAUGGAGGAAGUCCAUGGAUCUUCCUUGUCGCUGGUCUCCAGCACCUCAUCCCUGUACUCCGCGACAGAAGAAAAGGCUCACUCUGAGCAAAUCAGGAAGCUUCGCCGAGAGCUGGACGCCUCACAGGAGAAGGUCGCCAAGCUGACCUCCCAGCUGUCAUCCAACGCUCACCUGGUGGCCGCCUUCGAGAAGAGCCUCGGCAACAUGACCGGCCGUCUGCAGAGCCUCACCAUGACCGCUGAGCAAAAGGAGUCCGAGCUGGCUGAGCUCAGGGAGACCAUCGAGACACUGAAGACCCAGAACUCAGAUGCACAGACGGCCAUCCAGGUGGCACUCAAUGGGCCCGACCACCCGCACCAAGAUCUGCAGGUCCGUCGUCAGCGCUCCUCAGACAGCAUGUCCAGCAUCAACAGCGCCACCAGCGCCAAUAGCCACGCCAGUAUGGGCAGCGCCGCGGAUGCCGAGGCCAAGAAGAAGAAGAAGAAGAGCUGGCUACGCAGCUCCUUCAAGCAAGCCUUCAGCAAGAAGAAAUCGGCCAAGCCGCCGUCGCCCCAGUCUGACCCGGAGGACCAGGCGGACUCUCCCCUGACCUCCUCGCCGAAGCUGCUCGGCGCCUCUGAGGAGACCGACAGCAGCCCGCUCAAGUCCUCCCCCUCUGCCCUCGAGCUGUGUGACUGCACGGAGGCCGAGGCAGAGAUCAUCAUGCAGCUGAAGAACGAGCUGCGGGAGAAGGAGCUCAAACUGACCGACAUCCGGCUGGAGGCACUAAGCUCCGCCCACCACCUGGACCAGAUCCGCGAGGCCAUGAACCGCAUGCAGAACGAGAUCGAGCUCCUGAAGGCAGAGAACGACCGGCUGAAGUCUACGGGAAACAGCACCCCCUCGUCAACUCCUGCCAAAGCAGUGCGCCCCCCCUCUGAGACCUCCAGCACUUCCUCGUCUUCCUCACGCCAGUCACUUGGGCUCUCAUUCAACAACCUCAAUGUCACAGACACCAUCAUGACCGACAUUCUCCUGGAUGACGGCUACGAAGGCAACUUACGCAAAGAGGGCCGCAGCUUCAGAAUCAUGGUGACCAUCAACAACAGCUCCAGCCGGACCAAGGGUUUUAAGUGCCAGGAAUACCUCAUCGGGUCCAUCGGAGUUGGCGGGCAGACCAAGUGGGACGUGUUGGAUGGGGUUGUGCAUCGCUUGUUCAAGGAGUACAUUUUCCGCGUGGACCCCCUGACCAGCCUGGGCCUGAACUCGGACAGCAUCAUGUCCUACCGGCUGGGUGACGUGGUGCGGGCCCACGGCUCCGAGCUGCCCGAGAAGCUGCCCUGUGGUUGCCUGGUGGGCGACAGCAAUGCCAUCGCCGUCAGCCUCAAAGGUGUGAAAGAGAACAGCAUCGAUCGGCUGGCUUUCGACACACUGAUCCCUAAGACCGUCAUCCAGCGGUACCUGAACCUCCUGGUGGAGCACCGGCGCAUCAUCCUGUCUGGGCCCAGUGGAACCGGCAAGUCUUUCCUGGCCAUCAAGCUGGCAGAGUUCAUCGUGGCCAAGUCGGGUCGAGAGGUCACAGAGACCAACAUGGCCAGCUUCAACGUGGACCAUAAGUCAUGUGAGGAGCUGCGGCAGUACCUGUCAACGCUAGCAGAGCGGUGCAACUCGGAGGACAGCGACUUGGAGAUCCCCAUGGUGGUCGUCCUGGACAAUCUGCACCACAUCAGCUCCUUAGGUGAUAUCUUUAACGGCUUCCUCAACUGCAAGUACCACAGAUGCCCCUAUGUCAUUGGGACCAUGAACCAAGGCGUGUCCUCCUCACCCAAUCUGGAGCUCCACCACAAUUUCAGGUGGGUACUCUGCACCAAUCACACGGAGCCAGUGAAGGGCUUCCUGGGCCGCUUCUUGCGGAGGAAGCUGAUCGAGACGGAGAUCGCCAAGAGUGUGCGCAGCAACGACCUCGUCAAGAUCGUCGACUGGCUCCCCAAGACCUGGCAGCAUCUCAAUAGCUUCCUGGAGGCCCACAGCUCCUCUGACGUCACCAUCGGUCCCAGGCUUUUCCUGUCCUGCCCCAUGGAUGCAGACGGCGCCAGAGUUUGGUUCACUGACCUGUGGAAUUACUCGCUGGUGCCGUACCUUUUAGAAGCCGUGAGGGAAGGGCUCCAGCUGUACGGCAAGCGGGCCGCGUGGGAGGAUCCUUCCAAGUGGGUGAUGGACACCUACCCUUGGAGCUCCGCCUCCCUGCAGCAUGAUUGGCAGGGCCUGCUCCAGCUGAGGCCUGAGGAUGUGGGGUACGACACCUUCAGCGCCAAAGAGGGCCCUCUCAAGCAGACGUCUCACGGCGAAUCCGAGGGCGACCCGCUGAUGAACAUGCUGAUGAGACUGCAGGAAGCUGCCAGCUACUCCAGUGGCCAGGGCUGCGACAGCGACGACUCCAGUCACCGCGACAAGCCGCUGGACUCCUCACUGGAAUCCACACUGUAGAAGGAUCCCCCUUACCAGCCCUCACUGGGGACAGCGUGUGGCAGCCAGGGCCCUGGGACAGAGCUGCACCGGAGCUCGCUGGUGUGUCAAGAUCCGGCCAAUCACGGAGACGAGUCCCAAUUCGUCACGAUGUGUCAUCGUGCACAUGGGGCGCAGAGUAGGCGCCUCAAGGGGGCCGGGGGGGGGUUGGUGCCCUCAUUCAGACAAGUGUCCCCCCUCAAACCAGGACCACCCCCCGAAUCAAUGACUGUUACCACAG